AUGUCAUUCUUCAAGGCGCCAGCAUGGGCGCAACCGCAGGCUCCGAAAGCGGGAGACGACAACAGCGACGAGGACCUGUUCAGCCACAAGGGCUCGUUCAUGUCAAUGUUCAAGGACCAGAGCGAGCGGCAGAAGAAAGAGAAAGAGCGUGAAGAGCGACGCAAGGCGAAGAAGGAGGGGAAGCGAAAGUCUUCCGAGAGGCGCGACAGCGAGGAGCCCACUGUGAAGAGUGAGUUCAAGAAGCGGCGCAUAACGAGCGAGGAGAGCAGUAAGCUGCUGGCAAAAGCUGGACUCGGAACCAAUGUCAUCGACCUGUCCGAUGGCGAAGACGAGCCAGUGGAGAAGGAGCAACUGCCGGUCCGACGAUCAUCUCGAAACACCCGGACCAAGGACGUCUUGAGCCCUGCGCGACAGAAGAGCAAGUUGACUGAGCCGAUAGACUUUGGCAACGAGUCCGAAGACGACUUUCAAAUAACGGCCGUCAAAGCCCCUCCUCGACCAGCACCACCAGAGCCUGAGGAAGAAUACGACUCGGAUCCAGAGAUCGCAGAAAUGCAGAGACAAGCUCGGGAGAAAGUAAGAGCAAAACAACGGGAAACAGCAAAUGCAGCGUCUCCAGGUUCAAGAGGCACACCCGAUGUAUCCUCGUCAACACCUCCGGCUAUGGAUCCUGUUGUCAAGAUCCUGGUCACUUCAGAGAUUCCAAAGACAAAUCCCUUAAUACUAUGUCGAAAGCUAUCACAGCGACUGAGGGAGGUACGCGAAAUGUGGUGCAAGAAGCAAGGAUUCUCAGACGAUUACACGGCGAAAGUGUUCUUCGUCCACCGAGGCCGGCAGUACUGGGACUCGACCACGGUCAGACGACUCGGUCUCGAAACAGACGCAGACGGCAGAGUAUACCGGACUGUCGACCCAAAUUCAGAGGGCGUCGAGCAGGUUCACGUGGAAGCAGUCACGCAGGAAAUGUUUGAGGAAAUGAAAGCCGAGAAAGCCCGAAAAGCCAAAGCCGCCGUCAGCGUAUACGACGUGGAAGAAGAGCAGCAGGCGCAUGAAGGGGCGGUAGAGGUACCUGCGGAGAAGCAGAUCCGUUUGACAGUGAAAGCAAAGGGCAAGCCAGAUUGGAAGGUCAUUGUCAAGCCGACCACCUCAAUUUCCGUCAUCAUGAAGAAAGGCAAGAAGAACCUCGGAUUCGCUGACAGCCAGGACGUCUACCUCGAAUUUGACGGUGAACGCGUGGAGCCAGACCAAACCGUGGCCGACACCGAGAUUGAAGACAUGUAUUGUAUCGAUAUGCAUGAGGGUUGA